GAGGAUGUAUGCGGUCUCGCAAAACACUGUGAUGCCGAAAACCACGAACACAAUCAUCUUCAAACAGAAGUUCACGUAGUAACGGUUGCCGUGUCAUCUUGGAAUGUGAUUCUACCCGAAGAUGUGCGUAAAAUAAUUAGAAACGGGAAGGCUGGUUGAUUUCAGGAAGUGCUCUCAUUAUGCAACUGAGUACAGCGUUUUGGCAACAGAAGCCAGCAGCAAGAGACACUGAACAGACCUGGCUGCUACUCUACUGUUUGACUGAAAGCUGUGAGGAUGUCGCCCAACCUGUGCAGCUGCUACUCAUGUGAGCUGAGCUAUAGAAGCAAACCUGCCUCUUUCACCACUCAGUGGAACAGGGUAUGACAGAGAAUCUCUUAGACUGUUGUGUCGGAGGCUGUCCAUUUUCCAAAACUGACAGUGUCGCUGUGGAAACUCUGUGAUCAGAUGAGAUAAAAAGCAAGGGCGAGGGUUCCCCCUUGGCAGAUCCUCGACAAAAGACUAAAAACUUGUCACUGAGGAGACAUACACACGCACACACGCAUACGACUGCAGAGGUAGAAGCAGGCACGCACGAGAAACUUGAGAACAUGAGCAGGCACCAGAACAAAAUAGAGCGUUUCCUCAAACUGGGCUACUCCGAGAAAGACAUUGUGAGGGUGCUGGAGAGCCUCCGAAAGGAUGCCUUGACCAAUGACAUCUUGGAGGAGCUGAUUAAAACGAACCACAAGGCUGAGGUAGAGCAACUGAGGAGCUCCAGCCCACAGCUUGUGCCUCGAGGCUGCAGUCCCCAAGAACCUGUGAAGCCGAGACCAGUGGCAGAAGAGGAGGACAGUGACCCCUGCAGUGUCCUGAGGCCAAUCGUCAUUGAUGGCAGCAACAUUGCCAUGAGUCAUGGAAAUAAACAGGUGUUUUCGUGCCACGGGAUCCAGCUGGCAGUGCUGUGGUUUUGGGAAAGAGGCCACCGGGAUAUCACAGUGUUUGUCCCCUCCUGGAGGAAGGAACAGCCCAGACCAGAGACUCCCAUUACAGACCAGAAUAUACUCCAUGAGCUGGAAAAGAGAAAGAUACUUGUGUACACCCCGUCUCGCCGCGUCAAGGGGAAGAGAGUGGUGUGCUAUGACGACCGCUACAUUGUGAAACUGGCCUACGAGUCAGAUGGGAUUAUCGUAUCAAACGAUAACUACCGCGACCUGCAGAACGAGAAACAAGACUGGAAAAGAUUCAUCGAAGGCAGGCUUCUGAUGUACUCUUUUGUCAAUGACAAGUUUAUGCCACCCGAUGAUCCUUUGGGUAGGAGUGGACCCCUCAUUGAAAACUUUUUGAGGAAGACACCUAACAUCCCUGAACACAAAUGGCAGCAUUGUCCAUAUGGAAAGAAGUGUACAUAUGGAAUUAAGUGCAAGUUCUACCAUCCUGAAAGAUCCAAUCAGUCACACAUGUCAGUUGCUGAUGAACUCAGAGCCAAAACAAAGUCAACUUCACCCAAACCCUUUAAAGAAGAUGAGCAGCCUCUUAACACCAGAGCGAGAUCUGCUAAUCAGGUGGAGCUUCCUGUUGCAUUAGGCACGGCUGUCUCUUAUGGACAGAAUGCCAAAAUGUCUGUGUGCAACGACCUUCGGUCAACUGCGCCGUUGAGCCACGAUGGAGUCCACCACAGAUAUUCACCCAAUCAUUUGCUAGACAGUGAAAAACAAAGUGUAAAUCCUUCCUAUUUGCAGUAUUCCAAAUUCCAAAAUCCAGGGUGUGAUGAAGGAUUUGAGUCCAUGGAAGUCAAAUUCUCCAAUAUGUUCAUUCAGGAGAAGCCAGACAAACAGAGUAACUUCUGUUCCACAGAGUACGACAGGGCCCCAUGCUCAAGCUGGUGUGACAGCCCAAGCCAUUGUAAAAACAGUGGCUACUUCUUUUCUCAUUCUCACAGCACAGACUGUGCUUGUUCACACAGGUGCAGCCCUGCUGGAAUAGCUCCAAAUCCUUCUUUCAGCUACAGGAACCCCCCACAGAAAAUGCCUCAGAGCUGCGGUAGCCAGUUACAGGGGUCAGGAAGUCCAACACUAAGUCCUGGUUUAUAUGCUAACUUUCUGCCUAUGCACAAUUUUGAAAACCACAAACAAAAUUCCUGUGAUUUAACAGCUCCACCAUGUGACCAAGCUCCACUCACAGUACAAGAACAGCAGCAACAUCAUUAUCAUUUUAACCACGGUCACAGCGCCACUGUAAACAGCUGGAGAAAUGGACAGAUGGGGUCUCCAGCAGCAAACCAGGCUUACACUUUGUCUUCAGAGCAGAGUUUUUCACUCACUGAACAAAAAAAGUAUGUCAGAAACCUGUUAAGUGCCACCUUUCCACAGGGAGUCGUGGAUCAGGUCAUGUCUUUGUACCCAAAUGUUUUAGACAGAAGGCAUCUCAUCUCAUUAAUCUACAAAUUCAAAAGUAAUCACACCCGUUUUUAGCUGUAAAACAUGGAAAUGCAAGCAAGGGUACCAAGCUCAGUUCUUUGUUGAUAUAACUGGUGACAAUGAGAACCAAUUGCACUACUGUUGAAAUGUCAUUGAUGUGAACCUACCUACAGGAGGUGGAGCAACUGGACUGUAUAUCAUGCAGUCUGUAUUGCUAGCAGAAGUUACCUCACAGUGACGUGUUUACGAGAAUUUAGAAUGAAUAAUGAAUGUAAAACAUGAUUAUCAAUGCUGCUGUUAACCAUCAGUUUGCUUCUUGCUUUGAAUUCAUGCAAUAUAUAUAUAUAU